AUGGCGACUGCUGAACCUGGGACUCCUUCUGGAGCCGUCGACGCCUCUGGUCGGGAGGCGCAGGCCGCAGCAGCCCCUAGCGAUCUUCACAGUGGCUGGCUGCCUCGCUCUUUCCAGUCAUCUGAUCCUACCUCUUCAUUGUGUCUCCGUCUCGCCGUCGCUGCUCCCUCGCAAGAAGGAAGAAAAGAGGACCUGUCGCCUUCGUCCCCGCCCCCUGCAUCCGCGAACCCUGCACCGCGGAGCUCCUUCCAGGGCCAGCCGCCCCGGUCGCAAGCACCUCGCACUGUCAGCUUCCAGCUUCCCUCUGCUUCAUCUUCUCUGGAGACAUGCUCGUUGCGGCCUCUACCCGCUUCCCCACACGCUCCUCAUUGUCUCUUUUCCUCGACUUCUCCCUCGGCGGCGAGGUCUGCUUCGAUGUCUUCCUGCUCUGCGUCGCCCGGCGCAGCCCCCCUCCACUCGCGGAGCUCCCCCUGUCUCUCCGGACCGCGGUCCUGGUCCCUGUCUCCCGACUCCGCCUACUCCUUGACGCACUCCAUUUCUGCGCCUGUCCCCGAGGCGCUCGCCCUCGACGGAGACAGGGGUGCCGACGCCUUCCGGGGCCUCCUCCGGCGCGUCUCGGACGCCGACUCGGACUGCAGCGGCCAUCUAACUGAAGCCUCUGUGGAGCACGGCUCGUGUUGCGGCUCUCUUUGCAGAGGGUACCACGCACCUACGAAAUGGGACCUGCAUAUGUUCUUCUCGGGCUGUCUGCUCGCGUUCGCGUGUGUGCUCUUCUGCGCCGAACAUGUCGCUGCAGGCCUCGCCCUCUGCGCUCUCGCCGCCGUCGCUCUCGGCCUCGUCCGAGCGCAACGACGCGUCAUAUCUCUCCACCUCUUGCUGCUCCUCACCCUCUGCGCCUGUGUCUUGGCUGCUGCGUGGGCGAUUCGAGAGGCGCGAGAAAUUGAAAGAACGGAGCUUCUGCAGAAACAGGAGAGACUCUUCACUCGACACCUGGCCGCCCUCGAACGGCGUGCAGAGACGCUCAGGGCCUCCGGAGCCGCAGAGGCAGACGUCGCCCGGGAAGCAGCGGAAAUCGAAGAAAGGAGAAGAACUGCGCUCGCCUUGCUCAGACAGGCGGCGAUGCAGACUCGGAAAAACAAGGCAGCGCAUGCACGAGCAGAGAAACCCCUGGAGAAAAGACGACAAGACCAGUUCUUAGCGAGCAGCAUCGCCGUCGUUCUGCUGCUCUUCUCCCUGUUCCUCCUGAACUUUGUGGUGGCCGGGUAUCUAGGCUACUUACCUUUCUACUUCUUCGUGUAUCAGAACCUCACCGUGGCCUUCUUCUCCUUUAGGGGAGCUUACGCGGGGCUUCUGUGCGGAGCGACGCCGGCGAUUUGCUUUCUGCUCUUCUGCCUGAAAGCGUACCUCGCAGCCUGGGUCCUGGUCCCCCUGCUGCUUCUCACCCUGGGCCUCGGCCUCUGCGCCCAAGUGUCUGCUGGUCGUCGUGCGGCGGCUCGCAGGCCCGCGCGGUCGCCCUCGGAGUCAACUGUCUCCUCCGAUGCCCGACAGCUGCAGGCGAGUCCUGAGCCGUGCGAGAAGGCCGAGAGGAGAAGGCGACGAAACUCGCUGCUGCGGCUUAUCUUUGAGACGCUCCUCGUGGUGGCCGUCGCCCUCGUCAUGGUCGUUCACGGGAUCCUGUUACCGCACUGCGUUAGAGAGCUCAACGAGAAGACAGAUGCCGAGGAGAAGCUUCCUUUGGGGGACGGUGCCGAGGCGCAAGAGGCCGGCGACUCGGAGGCCCAGGAUGUCCUUUCUCUCUACAGAGCCGAGGCACUCUUCAGUCUCCUUCUGUGCCAAGAACUUAUUCUCCUGCUCUCGCUUCUUCUGCUGCUCCCGCGCCUCGUGUUGAUGUGCAUGCAGCACCGAGACGCGCGGAGGAACAAGGGGGCGGAGGGCCUUGGGCGGACCCUCGAGAAACCGCGGCGAAGCUCCCUCGCUCUUCUCCUCCUGGGCGCGCCCUGCCCAUCAACCUCAGAGAGAGAGCGCAUGCACUGCAAAAAGGGAGCGACGGACACAGGGCCGAGACAGCCGUUGACACCCAGAAAUCUCGACAUCGAAGAAGGCCAGAAAACAGACAAACGCGAGAGUCAGGCCCUGGACGAUGUCGAGGCGGAGUUCAUAGGCAGAUACGAAGUCCGCCGAAACGGGCGCGACGACUCCUACGAGUUCCGGUGA